AUGAAUAUAACACGCAACCUUUGUUUGGCCCAGUUAAGACAAGGUCCACGUAGAUUCCAAAGGGCCUCUGUAAGAUGGCAAACAUCACAGGCCACAACAAAUUCUGGCACAACAACGGGUGAAGAGGGCACAACACAUUUUGGUUUUCAAACCGUCAAGGAAAGUGAAAAGGUGGAAAAGGUCCACAAAGUCUUUGAAGAUGUUGCCAAAUCCUAUGACAUUAUGAACGAUGCCAUGUCCAUGGGCAUACAUCGUGUCUGGAAAGAUAUGUUUAUUGAACGUUUGGGUCCACAGCAUGGUACCUGCCAUCUGGAUAUGGCCGGUGGCACCGGUGACAUUUCAUUUCGUUUUAUUAAAUAUUUACAAAAUCAAGCAAAUCCAAAGGGUUUAAAAAGUCAUGUCACCGUAUCGGAUAUAAAUCAACAUAUGUUAAAUGUCGGCGAGGAGCGGGCCAAAAAAUUAGGACUUACCGAAGAGAAAUUGGCAAAUAUGACCAUUGAAUGGAAAUGUGCCAAUGCUGAGGAAUUGCCAUUUGCCGAUAAUUCAUAUAAUUCCUAUACAAUUGCAUUUGGUAUUCGAAAUUGUACACACAUUGAUAAGGUCCUCAGUGAAGCCUAUCGUGUCCUGAAGCCAGGUGGUCGUUUUAUGUGCCUGGAAUUUAGCCAUUUAAACAGCAAUACACUGCAAUGGCUUUACGAUCAAUAUUCGUUUAAUGUCAUCCCUCCCAUGGGCCAAAUAUUGGCUGGCCAAUGGCAACCCUAUCAAUAUUUGGUGGAAAGUAUACGCAAAUUUCCCAAGCAGGAGGAUUUCAAACAAAUGAUCGUGGAUGCCGGUUUUAGUAUGGUGCGUUAUGAGAAUUUGACAUUCGGCGUUGUUAGUAUACAUUCGGGUUUUAAAUUGUAA